AUGCUGAAAUUCACCUUACCGCUAAGGGUCUUGGUGAUAGAAUUUGAAGGAAAUACGACAUCGAGUCAGGAUAAAGCGAAAUCUAUUAUUUUCCUUCAUCAUCAUCUUGAUGAAAGCCUGAAGGUUGAAUACCUAACGGUGAAAGACCCACUUGAAUUGUGGAUAGGUUUGAAAGGGAGGUAUGACCACCUCAAGGCAACGGUAUUGCCAAGGGCUCUAUAUAAGUGGAUGCACUUACAGUUUCAAGAAUAUAAAAUCGUAAUUGAGUAUAAUUCUGCUGUAUUUAGAAUAACUUUCCAAUUGAAAUUAUGUGGGGAAACAAUAAAAGAUGAGGACAUGUUGAAAAAGACACUAACUACAUUCCAUGCCUCUAAUAUGAUAUUAGAACAGCAAUAUCGUGAAAAAGAUUUUCAGAAAUACUUUGAACUGAUCUCGUGCCUUCUGGUGGCUGAGCAGCAUAAUGACCUUCUAAUGAAAAAUCACGAAGCCCGUCUCUCUGGAAGUGAUCCAUUAUCGGAGGCACAUGCGGUUGAAGCACAUGACCAGUUUGAAAUAAGAUAA